CUGUAAUGUUUGUAGAUGACGCUUCGGUCUGCGUGUUUAACGAAAUAACUAGAUGCGUUAUGGCCUGGAGUAUAAUAUGACAUAUUAUUGUAUUAUGUAUUAUCACGAGUAAGGGAUUAAAUAUCUAAAAAAAAAAAAAACGUUGCCAUGCUUUCACAACAAUAUUUAUAUUUACUAUAAACAAUACAUCUUUAUCUUCGUAAACCCGAGACAAGCAACAUAUUUUUCCCUUUCACGAGAAUAUGACACACUACUAACUUUCUACAAGCUCUUAUUUACGUAACGAUUGUCAAUCAUUUUAUUUUAGUGUCACUAUUUGCGAGAUUAAUUCCGCUUGACCGGUCCGCCUUCUAUUGUGUUCCGUCUGUGACAAAGCAUCACAUACUCAUCGUUCCGCUUUACACUUAAAAGUGUGCACGUGCUUUGUACGAUCUCGAGUUUAGUAACAGUAAAUCUGGUUUAAUUUCUUUAUAAUAAAUCAUUCUUCGAUAUGCGAUCAGAUAAUGCAGAAAGUGAUGUGAUGACCGGGAGUUUCCUCCAGCCCUCAGACACUGAGGUAGAGAGAUGGAUGUCCAGUGCGUUUAACAUGGCCAAAGAGGCUCUUGAAAAUGGAGAGGUGCCUGUUGGAUGUCUUCUGGUUUACAAUAAUAUAGUUUUGGGCAAAGGGAGGAAUGAGGUGAAUGAAACAAAAAAUGCGACGCGUCAUGCAGAAAUGGUGGCACUGGACCAGGUGUUAGAGUGGUGUUCUGACAGGGAGCUGGACCCGAAGGAGGUGUGUAAGCACUGUGUUCUCUACGUGACCGUUGAACCCUGCAUCACGUGUGCAGCUGCACUGCGUCUGCUGAAUAUCCCACUGGUUGUGUAUGGCUGUAAGAACGAGCGGUUUGGAGGCUGCGGUUCAGUGCUGGACGUCUCGUCGGCUGAUCUUCCUCACACUGGAACAUCUUUCAAGUGUAUUCCAGGCCACAGAGCAGACGAGGCUGUUGAGAUGCUGAAGACCUUCUACAAGCAGGAGAAUCCUAACGCGCUGAAGCCAAAAGUAAGGAAAGAUGGCAUCAGUCCAGCAGGAGGCAGUGUGACCAAGCACACGGAAGCAUGACGGUGUCCUCAACAUAAGAGAAUGAAGGAAAAUAUCUGCUUCAGACUGAAACGGAAAAAUAAAACCCACCAUUUCCUUUCCCCCAGCCAACAGACUGCACCAGUAUGUGGUCUGAAAACUUUUUUUUUUUUCCACUCAGGACUCCUUUUCCACUUCCUCCUCCUGUUCUGUCUGUCCUGAUACAUAACAGAGAAAUAUCCUAUAAGAUAAUAUAUAUUUUGUAAAACUCUAAAAACAGCACUGACCAAAAGUGAGUAAAGAAGUUAACGUGUGUGAGAGGAUCAGACGAUGAAGCAGGAACACGAACGUCGCUCCAUGCGCUUUCAGACAGCAUCAUUGGUUCAUCGAGUAAUCACAGGUCCUGUGUAUUCAAACCUGAAGCACAGUUUUCUUUUGUAAACACUUCAGAGAGCCACUUAAAUCUGGUGUAGUGUCCCUUCAUGUUUCCACACGCCUGUGAUUUACAUUGUGUAAUUUGAUGUCAUUAAUGUACUUCACUGACAAAAGCGUUAUCGUGUGUACAGUGUAGUAGAGACGAUUAACAGUUCCUGCUGUGUGUGAUGGAGUUUGUCUGGAUUUUAAUUGUUAAGGUUUGUUUAUUAUUCGUUAUCCUUAUAACUAAGAAAACUGCUACUAUUUUUAUAUGAUGAUGACACCAACAGGAGGAAAACAUGAGCUCUGUUAAAACGACAACAGACUGAAGUGAGAAAGAAGAUGGCAUCGUAGAAACCUAAAGCUGCUUACAAGAGACGUGCUGUGUUUAUCCAUCAGUCACGAACACUUCUGCAGUCAUCACUGUGCACUGUAUAAAACCGUCUAAUAAAAGAUCUCCAGUGC